UUAGUACAGGAUUAGAUGGCCUCAGAGCAGCUCCGGGCCACCCUCCUCCUCCCUCCACAUCACCAUAUCCAGCACCAUGACUCCGACCUGAACACAAUGGGGAGAAAGCAGGCACGCGGAGUGCCUCCAAUGCCAAGCCAAGAAACUGGAGAUGAGAUGCCCAUUGCCAAACCCAAGAAGAGAAAGGUUAAGAAGGAGAUCAGUGACGUGGACGAUCCAGAUGCAGGAACAGAGCCUGCUCUUGAAAUGGAAGGCCUGGUCAGUCAUGUGGAGUCAGAAAACAGGGACACUGUGAGCCCCGAGCCUCAGGACAUCCCACCUCAGAGGAAGAAGAAGAAAAAGAAGACGCAUACUUUUGACAUGGAAGGUGAGCAGCAAGACCUCGCGAAUGGGGACGCACGAGAGGCACAAACAGACGGAGAGGGAGUCCCUAGGAAAAGCAAAAGGAAGCGAAAGGCUAAGAUAACAGAGAACCAGUACACCAGUGAGCUGGGUGUGGAAGAGGACGACAUCGUCACAGAUGCACACACUCCUAUCUCUCAUCGCUCUCUGUUCUCUGCCCCGCUGGGCCACAGCCAGCCUCUCAGCAAAGUGUUUGUGGAGAGAAGCCGACGGUUUCAGGCGAGAGAUCGUCUGGAUCUGACCCGUGAGCAGCUGGAAGAGUUCAUGGAGGUGAGACCCCUUUGGAACACGCGGGAUGUGGCCAUGAGAGUUCACAGUGGCUUCAGGAUCAUUGGGCUCUUCUCUCAUGGUUUUCUGGCAGGCUACGCUGUAUGGAAUAUUAUUGUUGUUUAUGUUCUGGCUGGAGAGCAGCUGACCACACUGCCCAACCUGCUACAGCAGUACCACAGCUUAGCUUACCCUGCCCAGUCUCUACUCUACCUCCUGCUGGCUAUUAGCACUGUGUCUGCCUUUGACAGGGUGAAUCUAGCCAAGGCUUCCAUGGCUCUGCGAGGGUUUCUCACACUCGACCCAGCAGCACUCGCUUCAUUCUUGUACUUUGCAGCUCUUAUUUUAUCUCUCAGUCAGCAGAUGACCAGUGACCGCAUAAACUUGUACCCCACUGCCAACGAGACACUAUGGCCUCCAGGCUCAGAACAUCAGAUCCUGCAGCCCUGGAUUGUGGUGAAUCUGGUUGUAGCUUUACUGGUUGGACUGGCCUGGAUCUUUGUCUCCACAAGACCAGAUAUGGACUACACAGAGGAGUUCUUAAUGGGAAUGGAGGUGGACGAGUAUCCACAACAUGAAGACAAAACUGAAAUUGCUGCCUAAACCUCUAUUGUCACUGCACCCACAGCCCAUCACACACAAGCAGAAUAAGCAUUACAUCAGUGUAAACGUUACAUCCUGCACUUACGUACACAGUGGUGAUCACAUAUUGCUUUCUAAUGACCCCCUGUGAGUGAUCAUGGUAUUACAACAGAGUAAAAUCAAAGAUUGUCUUCUGUCUAAAGUCUGAAUACACUGAAUGAGUUUCAGUGCAGCUGUACAUCAAUGUUUUUUCUUACUAGGAUUUUUCUUAUUUUAAAAUGUCUUGUCAUAAUUUUAGUGUUUGAGCUUCUAAUAUUUGCUUCAGAAUGUUGCACAGCUGCACCAUAUCUGUGUUGGUAAUAAAACAAUAAAAAAUC